AGUGUGCACAUUGGAUCAAUUUUGAUGCGCAUUCUCUUCUGGGUAUUCUUGUUUUUGUGCCAAAGCUUGAAAAUUUUGGAUCCAGAGUGCUUGCAAGAACUCAGUUUUUGAAGGCCUUUUCUGGGUUUUGCUUUGUUUUCAAACAACCUCUGUUGGUUUCUGUUUGUGGGCUCUGGCUUUUUUUCUUCUUCUUAUCUCCUUCUAUUAAUUUUGUUAUCUGGGUGAUCCUUUUCACGUUUUUUAUAAAGUUGUUAGUUCAGGGUUUUAUAUUCUAUUUUUUAUUUUUUGAGGAACAAUUUUAUUUAUUUUUAGGUUGGAUACAGAAGUGGUUGUUGUGUGUGACGUUGGAAUUCUGAUAAUCUAAUGGAGAAAAUCCCUGCGUUCAAUAGAGUUUUUCUUUUUUCUUUUUUGGCCUGCCUGUGUUCAAUAGAGUCCUACUGUUUCUGUGGCAAUUUUUAAACAUGAUAUAUAAAUUUCACUCUUUGGGCCUGUAGGAUCUUUCAUUUAACAUAACAUAUAUUUUCUGGUUGAGUUUGGAUUCUUUAAAGUGGGAGUUGUACUUUAAAUAGUGUGUGAAGUUAUUGCAUAUGUGCAUAUGUUUUACUACUAUCUCAGCCAUUCGUUCAACAGUUGUAAUUGCACUUUUCUUUCAAUUGUGCAUCCUCCACUCCCUUGUUUAGAGGAGCCAAAUCCUCUGUGGUUUACAGCACAAUUGAGAUUUAUUGUUUAGCUAUAAUGUGACUUAUCCUGCAAGGGCUUUAAUGAUUGUGUAUUGGGGAUCUUUCACAACACAACUUGUUAGUGCUUUUAAUUUGAAGCUUUUACGUUUGCAAUUUCUUCCAAUGUUGAUGUUCUGCCUAGAGAGUAGAGUGCAACUAGUUUGUGGGCUGCAGACGAUGAAACAAAAUUAUAAUUUCUAUAAUUAGUCAUUAGAGGGUGUUCCCUGGCGUAGCGGUAAAGUUGUGCCUCGGUGACCGUUUGGUCUUGGGUUUGAAUCCGGAAACAACUUCUUUGCAUAUUCAAGGAAAUCAAGAGUUGUUCAAUGGCAAAAGAUUCUGCUGAUGCUGAUUCCCAUCACAGACGUCUUGGUCUUUUGAAAGAUCAAGUUCACUUGGUUAAAAGGAAAGGCUUUGAUCGCUAUGAGAUUGCUCCAAUCCAAGACCAACUAGCAUUUGAGAAGGGUUUUUUCAUAGUGAUUCGUGCAUGCCAAUUGUUAUCCCAAAAGAAUGAAGGAAUAAUAUUGGUUGGGGUGGCAGGUCCUUCAGGGGCGGGGAAGACUGUAUUUACUGAAAAGAUACUCAACUUCAUGCCCAGCAUUGCAGUCAUUUCAAUGGAUAAUUACAAUGAUGCUAGUCGAAUUGUUGAUGGGAAUUUUGAUGAUCCACGCUUAACAGACUAUGACACAUUACUCCAGAAUCUGCACGAUUUAAAGGAAGGAAAGCCAGUUCAAGUUCCGAUAUAUGAUUUCAAGUCCAGUUCACGUACAGGAUACAGGACAGUAGAAGUCCCGAGUUCUCGAAUUGUGAUUAUAGAGGGCAUCUAUGCCUUGAGUGAGAAGUUGCGACCUCUGCUGGACCUUCGAGUCUCUGUUACAGGAGGAGUUCACCUUGACCUUGUAAAACGAGUUAUACGUGAUAUACAACGAGCUGGUCAAGAACCUGAAGAAAUUAUUCAUCAAAUAUCAGAGACGGUGUAUCCAAUGUACAAGGCAUUUAUCGAGCCAGAUCUCCAGACAGCACACAUAAAAAUCAUCAACAAAUUCAAUCCAUUUACUGGAUUCCAGAGUCCUACUUACAUAUUAAAGUCAGGAAGGAAUGUAGAAGUUGAUAAAAUUAAAGCUGUUCUCGCUGAGGAUUUUAAGGAAACAACAGAGCAAACUUAUGACAUAUAUCUUCUACCACCCGGUGAAGAUCCAGAAACUUGCCAAUCAUAUUUACGGAUGCGAAAUAAAGAUGGGAAAUACAGUCUCAUGUUUGAGGAAUGGGUGACAGAUAACCCAUUUGUCAUAUCACCAAGAAUUACUUUUGAGGUCAGUGUGCGCCUUCUUGGUGGACUAAUGGCUUUGGGAUACACAAUAGCUACUAUCCUUAAGAGAAACAGCCAUGUCUUUUCUGAUGAUAGGGUUUGUGUGAAACUAGAUUGGCUUGAGCAACUUAAUAGACAUUAUGUUCAGGUACAAGGAAGAGAUCGUUUAGUUCUAAAAUAUAUAGGAGAACAGCUGGGUCUAGAAGGUUCCUACAUUCCUCGUACCUACAUUGAGCAAAUUCAAAUUGAAAAGCUUGUGAAUGAGGUUAUGGCCCUACCAGAUGAUUUGAAGACAAAGCUCAGCCUAGAUGAGGAUUUGGUGUCAAGCCCUAAAGAAGCACUAUCUAGAGCCUCUGCCGACAGAGUUGCCAUGAGAAAUAAACAUCUGAGGAGUGGAAUAUCACAGUCGUAUACCAAUCAGAGGGACAAAAAUCUAGCUAAGGUUACUGGAUAUGGUGCCAACAAUGGAAGGUUUGGUGAAAAAAAUUUAGAUUCCACCGCAAUGCCAGUAAAUCAGGGAGCGAUCAAUCAGCUUUCGGACCAAAUUUCUGCCCUCAAUGAUAGAAUGGAUGAGUUUACAAAUCGCAUUGAAGAGCUGAAUUCCAAGUUAACCAUAAAGAAAAGUUCUCCAAGUCAACAAAACAUGUCACUUCAAGCUGAGACAUGCAAUGGAUCUGCUCCCACCUCUCACUUCAUCACUAGUUUGGGCAAUGGUUCCCUAACUGGAUCUAAAAUGACAAAUUCCUCUUCGUCGUCGCAGUUAGCUAAAGAGUCUCCUUUGAUGGAUGAGAUAUCAAGCAUUGGACGCAGUCAGCGUCAGAUCAUGCAUCAAUUGGACAAUCUCAAUAAUCUUCUCAGGGGGAGCUUGGGGGAGAAGUCUCACCCAACAAGAACCAACAGCAGGAAAAGCAUUGACAUGUCAUCGGAUUCCGUGGGAGCUCGUGUUAUGGUGGUGGCGGCAGUUGGUUGUUUGGGGAUCUUCUUGAUGAAGGUUUUGUUGAACAAAAAGUGAUUCAUUCCUCUAGGUAUAGUCAGUGGUUUAGGUUCAAAGAUAUUUUUCUUCACUGUGACAACCCUUCUAGUAAGAAAGGUGUUGAGGCAUUAACAGUUGAAGAUAGAUUCAGGAGACAGUCUUUUUAGGAUCAUUUGAGGGUCGGUGAGAGGAUGAUGCCCACUUGAAAUUUUGUCACUUCGUGGGCUUAUUGCUUUGUUAUCACAAUUUUAUGCCAUUUUCAACACUACAAAGUAGAGUCUUUGGUUUAGAAUCUUGAUUAGGUGGUAUUCCAUACACCUUUCUUUCAACAUUUUUAAUCUUUAAAUAAGUUGGUAAUAGUGAGGUCAAUUUAGCCACAACUAUGACAACAUAACUGAGGUAGAAAAUGCGGCAAAUACUGACAAUGUACCAUGGUGUUACAAGCAAAUUGUUACAAAUGAAACAAAUCAUGCUGUUACCGAGUGAAUGGUGCCUGUUA